UAGGAGAAGGUCCAGUCGGUUCUCCUGUCUGCCAGUCGGCAGCCAAAAUGUUGGCCGUCCUGUGUGUGCUGCUUUUAUCCCUUUAUAACCCGGUCUGCGGCGUUUUCCAGAAACUUUACUGCACCAUAUCGGAGAGCUGUGAGUGUGACUUCAAGCCGAAUAUCAGAGACCUGGAGUGGGACCUCUACAAGAAUCUCUAUGGACAACAUCUGGCCCAGGACAUCGUGUCAGAGGAGGUGGCAAGGUUCCUUCAGAAUAAAAGCCCUGAUCGCCCCCUGGUGCUGUCCUUCCAUGGCUCCUCGGGGACAGGAAAGACGCUGGUCAGCUCCAUGCUGGGAAAUCACCUGUACGGCUCAGCCAUGAGCAGCCCAUACGUCCACCAGUUUGUUCCCACGCUGCACUUCCCCUUACCUCAACGGGUCGAUGAGUACAGGGAGGAGCUGAAGAGCUGGGUGCAGGGGAACCUGACGGAGUGCGCUCGCUCCGUCUUCAUCUUUGACGAGAUGGAGAAGAUGCCUUCAGGCCUCAUCGAUGUCCUGGAACCUUUCCUGGGUCCUUCCCACGUUGUGUUUCGCACCAACUACCGCAAGGCCAUCUACAUCUUCAUCAGCACCACAGGAGAGGAGGUGAUUAACAGACUGGCUCUGGAGAACCGGCAGGCUGGACGCGACAGAGAGGAGAUCAAGUUGGCCGACCUGCAGGAAGCCGUUGCACAGACGGCUUACAACAACGACACAAGCGGCUUCUUCCAGUCCAGCGUCAUCCAGCAGAAGCUCGUCACCCGCUUCGUUCCCUUCCUGCCGCUGAGCCGGCGCCACGUCGAGCGCUGCGUCCUCUCGCAGCUCUGCCAGCAGGGCAGCUGCGGCCGCACCGACGUGGUGGACGCAGUAGGGGGCGACAUGAUCUACACUCCCGUCCAGGGACAGUACUUCUCCACCACCGGCUGCAAGGCGGUCCCUGCCAAAAUCAACUUCUUCCUGUGAGCUGAGGAGCUGGUUUUUCAAAGGACUGAAAGGGAAACUCUUACUUGAGGUGAGUCGGUGAAAAGUUUCAGAGUCGUGGAGGAGAUUCAGAGUUAAGGAUGCCUCCUGCGCCCGGAAUCAAAGGGAAUCGAACUCAUAAGCCUCUGGAUUCGAAGCAGUUCUGCGCUGCCAGUGCUGAGUUUACCUGAGGAAGCUUUAAUCAGUCAGUCCACGUCCGUCUGUGAGCUCAGGAGAGUCUCUUCCCUGACUCUGGUCAGUGUCCCGCCACGCUCUACCUCAAACACAACUCCACCUUUCAUUCAUGAACUUGAAGUUGGUACAGCGUGGUGUCAGAGUCCAGCUGCAGGUCAUUACUUGAUUUUUUUUUUUUUUGCUUAAACUUCAUUAUUUAUCCAGUCUUAAUUUAUCUUCUCAACAUCACCCUCCUUUCACAUUCACUCAGCCACUGCAGGAAACCUCUGGAAGGGUCUAGCACGAGGUUCGGUGCCUUGCUCAUGUGUUAGCUGACAGCUAACGGUGGUAGAAAGGAGCUCGGUCUCUUUUCUCACUGAUGCAGAUUUUCUGCUUCGUCUUGAUAAAUGUCGCAGUUUCACAGAGUCUCACUAAAGAGGUCAGAGAUUCUGUUUUUAAUGUCUGAAUGUUUUAACAUUCAGGAAACAUCUCUUUGCCAAGAGAUCCUCGGACUUCACAGGAGUUAAAAUUGCAGUUGUGAGAACAGUUUUGCUCAUGUCAGGUAAAAACCUUGUAUCUGUAGUAGAGAGUAGCUGCGUUCACAGAUUCAAAUCGUGAACACGGGUCCAUCUGAACGUGUUUCAUCUGCAGCCCGUCGUGCCCCACAAGAAACGAGAUGAUCUAUCUCUGAGUGCUGGCAUUUGGUUUGUCCGUUCAAAAACCUUGUAUCUCCAAAAUGUCAACUUCAUCUAAAGAGCGUUGGAAAGUGAACUCACUCACCCAAAACACAACACUACAGUAAGAAAUGGAAGAGUUUCACAUUCACACUCAGAUUAAGAAAUUCAACCACCAACAUAAGUCCUUUUAAAUAAGAACUCAAAUAGUGAAAUAUCAGAUCCUGCAGUAAAUACGUCUGACUUCACUCAGUGGCUUUUAGUUUUAAAUCGAGGGCUGCACAAUGAAUCGAAAUAUAAUCAAAAUCCCAAUGUGGCCAAGUGCAAUAAACAAAUCACAUGAGCCGCAGUUUAUUUUGUAAAAGGUAAAAUGAGUCACAACAUUGCUGUGCGUCGUUAGCACCACAAGCGUUGUGUUGCUAUGGAGACGCCCGGACCUACACAUCAUAUUCUCCAGACGGAAACACGUUCGUCCACAAAAAUCACAUCAUCAUUUUUAAAUGUUAUUUCAGUGAAAAUGA